AUGAGCCACCCCUACCGUCAGAAAGCGCCCCACGGCCCUGCUGACACCCCAUACCCCGUGGACGUGGAGCUUCAGGACCCCCACGUCGUCCAGGACCCAAACACGGCCGUCCAGCCGUUGCCUUCCCAGUACAUUGAGCCCCAGUUCUACCACGACCAGCCUGUCCACGAGUCCCAGGCCCAAAUCACGUCUGGUCCGGGCUCCGUGGUCUCGGGAUCAGGAUCAGGAUCAGGCUCAGCUACCUCCCCGGUCGAGGCCCAUCCAGGUGACACCAUCGACUCGCAAAAUCCAUUCCCUACCCUCCAUAACGGCGCCAGAACCUUGAGCAGCUCCUCGGCUCCUUACCCAGUGUAUGAGGCACUGACCCCUCCUCCGGUUUUCCCUGCUAAGGAGUCCAUCAUCUCACCUCCUUCCAACCCACUAUCUACUUCUUCUUCAGUGACGAACUUGAAUCUCAACCAGCAUAGCUCGCUUGACAACAAGUACUCCAAGUCGGAGAACAACUUGGCCACCCCUCUUGGGGCCGGCAAGUAUGGCCACAACCGUUCAGUGUCGUCGACUUCCUCCUUCUUCUAUGACAAAAACGACAAUGCCAGUAUGGUGGACUUUUCGCAAAACGUUAUCACCCAGUACCUCGGUCAAAACUCAAACACAUUGCUUCCAAGAAUCAAGACCAUCGAGUUAUACAGAAAGAAUGCUAAAAAAUCUAAUGAUCCCAAUGUGUUGUUCCAGUACGCUCAGUACAUGCUUCAGACUGCAUUAUUAUUGGAUGAAACUAACACUAAUUCUAGUUUAAAUCCUUCACAACUCAAUUCCGUGGAAAACUCGCCAAGAAAGGCCCCUCUUCCUCUUGAAAAGGAAUCGCUCAAUGUGAAGAACCAUAAGAAGUCAAAGUCUUCCAAUUCCAUUGACUUACUCAAUAGCGACAACAUCGAUAAAAUCGAUGACAGAAAGUUGAAGCGUGCAUUAUUGAAAGAAGCGACCCUUUACCUCAAAAGGUUGUCAGAUAAGGGUUAUGUGGAAGCCCAAUACUUACUUGCAGAUGCUUACAGUUCGGGUGCUUUAGAAAAGAUUGAGAAUAGAGAAGCUUUCCAAUUAUUUCAAUCCGCUGCUAAACAUGGCCAUGUGGAAUCUGCUUACAGAACUUCGUAUUGCUAUGAAGAAGGUUUGGGAACUGGUAGAGAUGCAAGAAAAUCGGUCGAGUACCUCAAAAUGGCUGCAGCCAAGAAUCAUCCUGCCGCCAUGUACAAAUUGGGCGUCUACUCCUUCUAUGGUAGAAUGGGUUUAUCUCAGCAGACAUCAACAAAGAAGUUGGGUAUCAAAUGGUUGGAAAGAGCAUCCAAUGUUGCCACUGAAUUGAUCGCAGCCGCACCUUAUGAAUUGGGUAAAAUCUACUUCAAUGGUUUCCAGGAUAUUGUUAUCCCUGACAAAAAAUAUGCAUUGGAAUUAUACUCCCAGGCAGCCGCAUUAGGACACGUUCAAUCAGCAGCAAUUUUGGGUAAGUUCUACGAAGUCGGUGAAAUCGUUCCCCAAGACAGCAAUUUGUCUAUUCAUUAUUACACAGAAGCUGCAUUAGGAGGUGAUCCAGAAUCUAUGUUGGCUAUGUGUGCUUGGUAUCUUGUUGGUAACGAGCCAUAUCUUCCAAAAGACGAGAGUGAAGCCUUUGAAUGGGCUAAAAGAGCUGCCAUGUGUAACUUACCAAAAGCUCAAUUUGCAUUAGCCAACUUUUAUGAAAAAGGUAUUGGUUGUAUCAAGAAUGUGAACGAAUCACAAACAUGGUAUAAGAAGGCUGCAGAGAAUGGAGAUGAAAAGUCUUUGAGUAGAAUGGCCGAUAAAGACUUGGCAUCUAAAUUAGAGAAGAAGUUAAGAAAAAAGAAGUCCAACAAUGUGUUGGCAGCUGCUAAUGCUAAUGGGGUAGCGGUUCCUACUGCCACUAGUAAGAAUGCUGCUCAAGAUAAAGAUUGUGUGAUUAUGUGA